UGUCACUUUUUAGAGAUCAAUGAGAUAGUGCAGAUAUACACAGAUCUAGACUCCAGGAGACGAUGCGACAUUCAGACUGAAAAGAUUUGGAAGGCAAAAAAUGAAAACUGAUUGUUGAAUGAAAUAAAAAGCUAAGGUAACUUAAGAUUAUAGAACCAUGUUGACACUACCAUUUGAUGAGUCUGUUGCAAUGCCAGAAACCCAGAUGUGUAGAAAGUUUUCCAGAGAAAGUGAUGACCAAAAGGAAAUGAAGAAUCCAGAAAGCUUUUCAAAGCAGAUCAUCCUGCAAGGAAAGAAUAUUAAAAGACCUCCUGGAGAAGACACAGAAAAGGAAGAGGAGGAGGAGGAGAGAGAAGAGGAGGAUGAGAAUGGGUUGCCGAGGCGAAGGGGCCUUCGGAAAAAGAAGACGAGCAAAAUAAGGAUGGAAAGGAUUAAAUUCAGGCGUCAAGAAGCCAAUGCUAGAGAGAGGAACCGUAUGCAUGGCCUUAAUGAUGCUCUGGACAAUUUAAGGAAAGUGGUCCCUUGUUAUUCUAAAACACAAAAACUGUCCAAAAUAGAAACUUUACGACUAGCCAAGAAUUAUAUUUGGGCUCUUUCUGAAAUCCUGCGAAUUGGCAAAAGACCCGACCUGCUUACCUUCGUCCAAAACUUGUGCAAGGGUCUGUCCCAGCCAACUACAAACUUGGUGGCUGGAUGCUUGCAGCUGAAUGCCAGAAGUUUCUUAAUGGGCCAGGCAGGUGAAGGCACCCAUCAUACCCGCACACCCUACUCUACCUUCUAUCCUCCCUACCACAGCCCGGAGCUUGGCACCCCCCCAGGGCAUGGGACUCUUGACAACUCCAAAUCCAUGAAACCAUACAGUUACUGCAGUGCUUAUGAGUCCUUCUAUGAAAGCACUUCCCCUGAGUGUGCCAGCCCACAGUUUGAAGGUCCCUUAAGUCCUCCCCCAAUUAACUAUAAUGGGAUAUUUUCCCUGAAGCAAGAAGAAAGCUUGGACUAUGGCAAAAAUUACAAUUACAGCAUGCAUUACUGUGCAGUGCCACCCAGGGGUCCCCUUGGGCAGAGCUCCAUGUUUAGGUUGCCUACUGAGAGCCACUUCCCUUACGACUUACAUCUGCGCAGCCAGUCUCUCAACAUGCAAGAUGAAUUGAAUGCAGUUUUUCAUAAUUAAUGAGGAAAAUGAAAAUAAACAGUGGUCAUUCACCUCCCCAUCUAAUUAAGAGCAAGCAGAUGCUUGGGCACUGCAUAAUUGGCACAAUUCUAUUUUAAAUAUUUACUAGUUCCUAAAGUGUGUUUCAACUAUUGUGAGGAUUUUUUCUAUGUAUUAAUAAACCCUUUUUCUGAUAAGAAUUUUUUUUGUCUGCAAUCACUGUGAGAAUAUGUUUCUUCCAGGGGUUUUCUCUCUCCUUUUUAACUUCUUAUUUCCCAAUUUGUUUUGAUUUGUUGAGCAGUGUGUCUGAACAAUAUUACUAAAAUAAAAGCAUACACACUGUGUAAAGUCAAUGUCUAUUUUGACUGUACAGUAAUUAUUCAAAUGCAUGUUAUUGAAAUCAGAUUAAUUAAAAUGAUGUAUUUAUAAUCGGUAGAAAAUACAUAUUAUGUAUUCAGGAGAACUGGAUUAAAAAUAUUAAGAACUUUAAAGUAAUUAUCCAGAACUGAGAUGGGCUUACAAUAUGCAGAGGUGAGAGGACAGAAAUGUUGAAAGCUAUGCAAAAAAAAAAAAAAAAAAAAAAGGCAAACAAACAAAAAAAUAUUUUGGAUUGUUGGUUUGUUGGAUUGUUUUUGGAUUGUUGGUUUUCGGGAAGCUAAGUAAAAACAGUGAUUGUCAUUGACAUUAUUCAGCCUGACUUUAGACUGUUGACUGCUGACAGAGGCCUCAUGAUCAUAUUUAGAAAAUGUUGUCAAAAAUUUGCCUCAGUUAUUUUGACCAUACAUAUUCAGCACUUUUUUUUUUGUAUUAUUCUGACUUCAGAUGUAAAGGUUUGUUAUAAAAAUGUAUAACUGUGGUUUCUCACUACGUACUUUAUAUGCAAUUAAAGAUAGAUGUUUCCACUUCUAAAAUACAUCUGUUA